UUAUUUCCUCUUCCUCCCUCCGAGACCCUCCAGUCAGGAGAGCUGCAGCCUGGGACGGAGGCAGAGAGGAGCCACAGGGACACAGGAGGCAGAGAGGACGGAGGGGACGACCCCUCAGAAGCCCCGACCCGGCUCAUCAAGCUCAACAAGCCUCGCGCGGGCCAUGAGCACCAGGCAGGAGGCCAGGAGAGAGGGGGGAGACUCCAGCAAGAGGGGACAGGAGGCAGAGCUGCGGGACCGAGCCCACCUGAGCCAGCAGCGCCGGCUCAAACAGGCCACCCAGUUCCUGCACAAGGACUCUGCUGACCUGCUGCCCCUGGACAGCCUCAAGAGGCUGGGCACCUCCAAGGACUUGCAGCCGCACAGUGUGAUCCAGAGACGCCUGGCAGAGAGAAACCAGAGCUGGAGUCAGGGGGAGUCUCCCCUGGGGCAGGCCCUGAUUCAUGGCCAGGAGAACAGGAGGAAGACUAGCACACCAGAGAUUCCAGCUCUUCUGGUCAAUUGCAAGUGCAGGGACCAGGUGCUUAGGGUGGCCGUGGACACAGGAACCCACUACAACCAGAUCUCCACUGGAUGCCUCACCCGCCUGGGGUUAGGGAAAAGGGUCCUAAAAGCCUCAGCGGGGGACCUGGCCCCUGGCCCCCCUACCCACGUGGAGCAGUUGGAGCUGCAGCUAGGCCAGCAGACUGUGGCGUGCUCGGCCCAGGUGGUGGAUGCUGAGAGUCCUGAAUUCUGUCUUGGACUGCAGACUCUGCUCUCUCUCAAGUGCUGUAUCGACCUGGAGCGUGGAGUGCUGCGGCUGAAAGCCCCCUUCCCAGAGCUCCCCUUCCUGCCAUUGUACCAAGAACCUGGCCAGUGACUGCUGUCCCAGUCAGUCCCCAGGAGGAAGCACUGUGACUUAAGGGAAGAGCCAUGUGGGGUAUGGGGACAUUAUAGUACAGCCAGGCAGCUGGGGACUACUUAGU